GAAUUGCAACAAGUACUAAGAAUGUAAAAGAUAAAAAAGAUAAAGAUUAUAUAUAUAAAGAGCAUCAUGAUCUUAAAUCAUUUCUUGCUCUCAAAGAUGUUAAUAAAAAUACCCCAGUAUAUCACGAUUUUCGAGGACAGUGGAUAUUACCGGAUAAAAGACUAUGUGUCAUUGGUCAAUACAAAGCCUUAGCCAAAAAAUGUUCUCCAAAUAUAAUUCGAGAGCUUGAAAGCGUACUUGUCAGGAAACUGAAGGAACAUUAUGCAUUUUAUCAUAAUGGAAGAAAGUUAGGAAGUAUUUCAUGGAAUAAAGCAGCCGAAGAAUACUUGAAAGGAUUUCAA